CUGUCCCACUCAUUCUAGAGAGAGAAAGAGAGAGAGAGAGAGAGAGAGAGAGAAAGAAAGAAAAAGAGAGAGAGUCUACACCAAAGACUCUUCCUCGCUCUUCUUCUUCUUCAUCUUCUGGUGUCCUGUUUAUUUUCAAGAACAAGGAAAAACACAACAUAAAGGGAAAGAAAAGAAAAGGUGUUGAUCAGAGAGACGAGGGUGGGUAAUCUUUAGGUGGGUGUGUUGUCAAAAUCAAAUCUUCAGUUGAUUCUGAGUUGCAAUGAAGAAAUCAAACCCAUCAGCGCCAUCAAAGCCCACAUGGGUCCUCCCACACAGGACCCAAAACCUCACAGACCUCUACACUUUGAGCAGGAAACUCGGGCAGGGCCAGUUCGGAACCACCUUUCUCUGCACCGAGAAGUCCACCGGCAGUACCUACGCCUGCAAGUCCAUCCCAAAACGCAAGCUUCUCUGCGCCGAUGACUACGAAGAUGUUCGCCGGGAGAUUAAGAUAAUGCACCAUCUCUCCGAGAAUCCCCACGUUGUCAAGAUCAAAGGUACCUACGAAGACCCUCUCUCUAUUCACCUUGUAAUGGAGCUCUGUGAGGGUGGAGAGCUUUUCGAUAGGAUUGUCAAGAAAGGCCAUUACAGUGAGAGAGAGGCUGCUAAGUUGACUAAGAUUAUUGUUGGGUUUGUUGAGGCUUGCCAUUCCCUUGGGGUCAUGCAUCGAGACCUCAAGCCUGAGAACUUCUUGUUCCAUAGCAAUGACGAGGAUGCUGCUCUUAAAGCCACUGAUUUUGGUCUCUCUGUCUUUUACAAGCCAGGUGAACAUUUGUUGGAUGUUGUUGGUAGUCCGUACUAUGUCGCACCAGAGGUGCUACGCAAGCAUUAUGGACAUGAAGCAGAUGUAUGGAGUGCCGGAGUCAUAUUGUACAUCUUGUUAAGUGGAGUACCGCCUUUUUGGGCAGAAACAGAAAUGGGGAUCUUCCGACAGAUAUUACAAGGGAAACUGGACUUUGAAUCUGAACCGUGGCCUGCCAUUUCAGAUAGUGCCAAGGAUCUUAUACGAAAAAUGCUUGAGCGGAAUCCAAAAAAAAGGCUGACAGCCCAUGAAGUCCUUUGCCACCCAUGGAUUGUAGACGACAGGAUUGCACCAGAUAAACCUCUUGAUUCUGCAGUGCUAAGUCGCCUGAAGCAGUUCUCUGCAAUGAACAAACUUAAGAAACUGGCAUUGCGAGUCAUAGCUGAGAGGCUUUCCGAAGAAGAAAUUGGAGGUUUGAAAGAGUUGUUUAAAAUGAUAGACACAGACAAUAGUGGAACUAUUACAUUUGAUGAACUAAAGGAGGGUUUAAAGAGAGUGGGGUCUGAACUCAUGGAAUCAGAGAUCAAGGACCUCAUGGAUGCAGCCGAUAUUGACAAUAGCGGAACAAUUGACUAUGGUGAAUUCCUUGCUGCUACCGUGCACUUGAAUAAGUUGGAGAGAGAAGAGAAUUUGCUGUCGGCAUUUUCCUUCUUCGACAAGGACGGCAGUGGGUAUAUAACCAUUGAUGAACUUCAACAAGCUUGCAAAGAGUUUGGUCUAAGUGAGCUCCACCUUGAUGAUAUGAUAAAAGAAGUUGAUCAAGACAAUGAUGGACAAAUAGAUUAUGGAGAAUUUGCUGCAAUGAUGAGGAAGGGCAAUGAUGGAAUUGGAAGGCGAACCAUGAGAAGCAAGAUAAAUUUGGGAGAUGCCCUAUCAGUUGUUAACCAACUAACUGAUUAGCGAUUGAAUCUGUUUAUUUAUUUAUUUUUUAUUUUGGGGAAAUAUCAAUACGUGGAAACAAACCCUUCAUAUCUUAAUCUUCCUUCUGCUCAAAUUUUGCAUUAA